AUGGAUGACGCUGCCGUCCUCAAGCGACGAGGCUACAUCAUGGGGAUAAAUUUGGGAGAGGGCUCAUAUGCCAAAGUCAAAUCCGCUUACUCUGAGCGCCUAAAGUUCAACGUGGCGGUCAAGAUCAUCGAUCGCAAGAAAGCCCCCACGGACUUCCUGGAGAAAUUCCUUCCCCGGGAGAUUGAGAUUCUGGCCAUGCUAAACCACCGCUCUAUUGUCAAGACCUAUGAGAUCUUUGAGACAUCAGACGGCAAGGUCUACAUUGUCAUGGAGCUUGGAGUCCAGGGUGACCUCCUUGAAUUCAUCAAAACCAGGGGAGCCCUGCAAGAGGAUGAUGCUAGAAAGAAGUUCCAUCAGCUCUCCUCGGCCAUCAAGUAUUGCCACGAUCUGGAUGUUGUUCACCGAGACCUCAAGUGUGAGAACCUUCUGCUUGACAAGGACUUCAACAUCAAGCUGUCUGACUUCGGCUUCUCCAAGCGCUGCCUGCGGGAUGAUAGUGGCCGACUGACAUUAAGCAAGACCUUCUGUGGGUCAGCAGCUUAUGCGGCCCCUGAGGUGCUGCAGGGCAUCCCCUACCAGCCCAAGGUAUAUGACAUCUGGAGCCUAGGUGUGAUCCUCUACAUCAUGGUCUGUGGCUCCAUGCCCUAUGACGACUCCAACAUCAAAAAGAUGCUGCGCAUCCAGAAGGAGCACCGAGUCAACUUUCCACGCUCUAAACACCUGACUGGUGAGUGCAAGGACCUCAUCUACCGAAUGUUACAGCCAGAUGUCAACCGGCGGCUGCACAUUGAUGAGAUCCUCAGCCACUGCUGGGUGCAGCCUAAGGCACGAGGUCUGUCCUCUGGAGCCGUCAACAAAGAGGGGGAAAGCUCCCGGGCAACUGAGCCCGUAUGGACCCCUGAACCCACUGGUGCUGAUAAGAAGUCUGCCACCAAGGUGGAGCCUAGGGAAGAGGCACGAUCCGAGACCCAACCUGAGACAAAACCCCAGGAAGACACUGUGCAAGUGGCCAGGCAGUCAGAGACUGUGGGCCUCAGCGGUGAAUUGAACAGGGAGACAGAGGAAGGGCACCCCCAACAGUCUUCAGAGACACAUACCUAG